AUGGACAAUACGAAUGGAAGUUUGCUUAACUUUAAAGGAUAUAAUCUUUUGAAGUCCUUUGUGGACAUUGAAAAGUUAGAAAAGAUGGAAGAUUUUGAGAUUAGAGAUGACGAUGUCUUCAUUGUCACGUAUCCAAAAUCUGGUACCAUCUGGGCUCAGCAGAUCCUCAGCUCCAUUUACUUUGAGGGUCACCGGAACAGCACUGAAAACACCCGAACAGUUGAAAGAGCACCAUUCUUUGAGUACAAUAAAUGUAAAUUAGACUAUGUCAAAAUGCCAUCACCUCGCAUCUUCUCUUCCCACCUUCCAUAUUACUUAGUACCAAAAGGUCUGAAGAGCAAAAAAGCUAAAAUUGUUUAUCUUUAUAGAAAUCCCAAAGAUGUUUUGAUCUCCUUUUUUCAUUUUUCAAAGUUCACACGUAUCAUAGAAGCUACAUAUACCAUAGAACAUUAUCUGGACAAUUUUCUGGAUGGAAAAGUUCAUGGAAGCCGUUGGUUUGAUCACAUUAGAGGCUGGUAUGAACACAGACAUGACUUCAACAUAAUGUUCCUGAGCUAUGAAGAAAUGAAGAAGGACCUCAGAAGCUCAGUGCUUAAAAUCUGCAGUUUUCUGGAGAAAGAUCUGAGUGAGGAAGAUGUGAUUACUGUUGUGAGACAAGCUACAUUUCAGACCAUGAAAUCUGACCCACGAGCAAAUUACGAACAGAUUAUAAAUUAUAAAUUUGGGGUGAACAAGAAGGAAGGCACUUUCAUGCGCAAAGGUACCAUCGGAGACUGGAAGCUUCAUUUGACUGUGGAGCAAAAUGAAAGAUUUGACAUGAUAUUCAAGAAGAAUAUGAAAAAUUUUCCCUUGAAGUUUAUCUGGGAUAUAAAUGAAGACUAGAAUUCCAUCUUAUAUUUGCAUAAAAUAAGCAUAAAAGUCCAUUGAUCAGAAGUCAUAUUGUAAUAGCAAUAUUGAUAUGUUACCAUAUUUCAAUCAUUAAAUAUCAAGCUAUAUAAAGGUACAAAAUGAGUAAACUAUGCAUUAAUUAAGCAUAAUGAGACUAAAAAUUUAUUUCAAAUCAUAGUAUUAAAUUAGUUUAUUUCUGACUUAGCAUGGUCACUAUGCACAGAUGACAUAAAUCAUGAUGUUUUGUGGUGUAGGAAAUGCUGCAAACACUAUUUUGCAGUACACCUUUUAACUUCAUCAUCUACAAUUAAGUUUGGAUCAAG